CAACGCUGAUCCUAGAGAAGAAGAAGACUAACCAUAAAUUUUGACGGCCGCAGACUUGAAAUAGGUUAAAUCUCUAAAAUGGCAAAUGCGGUAAUUUCCUUAUUUAAACCAAAAACCCUCAAUCUAAUUAAUAAUGCAGUGAAACUAAGUAACGUUUUACCCAUAACCGGAGUGCAGAAUGUCCGAUCACUUUACUCGAAAUCAACGCUGGGUAUUGAUGGCUUUACAAUGCAGCAGGAAAAAACCAGAAUGCAAAUGCACAAUAUUUCCGACAAAUUUAGGGAAAAAAUGAACGAAUAUUCCAAUGAGGAUUCGAAAAGCAUGAUCUUCACUGAGGAUCUUAAAAAUAUGAUUCAUUUAUCUGAGAGUGAUGAGGAUAUUCAGUUGGUGUAUAACAUGAUCAAAAAGUUUAAUGCUCAAAACAAACAAGUCCGUUUCGGCAAUUAUGUCUUUGGCCCUGUUGUCAUGAGGAUGCUGCAUUUAUAUGGGAAGCAUGAUAUGGCCUGGGAGUUGUUUAAUUCUCCUGAAAUGGAUGGAUUCUUUGACCAGGUUAUGACAUACCAAAUUUUAUUGGAUUUACUUUAUGAGAAUGGAAAAUACGAUGAAGUUCUUAAGGCGGUUGAUAUUGUUAAAAGUAGACAGUUGGAGGGGGCUAAAUACCCAAGAAAUGUUGUGGUUUUGGCGUUGGCAGCUUGCUAUAAAUUGAAUACAAAAGAGAGUUUGGAUUAUGCUGUUAAAAUGUGGCAAGAAUUAAGCGAAGUGGGUCAUUUACCUAUGAGAAGGGCUACCACUUUUGCGGCUGGCUUAGCUUUAAAUCAAGGACAACCUGCCAUAGCUUUGGAAAUUUUAGUUUCUUGCAGAAAUCAAAAUUAUACUACAAUCAGAAAUAUUAAGGUGGCUGCUUUUGCCGACUUGGGCAGAGUAGAGGAUGCAAUUCCUGUAUUAAAAAGUAUACUCUCCGAUGAUAACCCAGGAACAACCGUGCACACCUUUAACAAAGAUGUUAUAGAAAAAGUUAAAAAUGCCGUCGUACAGUUGGAUAAUCCAGAUACAUCAUUGGAAUUUAAUAGAAUUGAACAAAUGUUGCAGAAACAAGGGCACAUUGCAGACACUGUUUUGGAUGAACAAUUGUGCAGUGAAAUCCAAAGACCACCAAUGAUGAAUAACAGAGACAGAAAUCAAGGGCAAUACCAGCAAAGGUAUCAAAGAAAUACGCAAAAUAGGGGGAAAACCUUCCCCUACACGCAAAGGCCAGGUUUGAAUGAUUUGGUUUAAGUUUUUUUAAUUCGUGAAAUCUGUAAAUAAGUACUUGUAGCUUUAAAAUACUUUGUUAUUAUUUUGUAUUGUAAUAAGCGAAAAUAAAUUUAUAAUUGAAUUUUUAUUAUCUCAAUUAUAAUAAUAAACUUUUUAGAUC